GUGAUGUGGAAUUAUAUAGACCUCACUUCCAGAUCCGCACAGCACUCCACUGAAUCUGAAAGCUCAGACAUGGAUGACCCCUCACAAAAUGGCUCCACACACAGACUAAAAUCAACAACACUCCGCAGACGGUGACAGAAUCAUAUUCCUGUAUUAGCCCACAUCGGAAUUAGGGGGACGGAGGGGUGAUUCGUCCCUGUGGGUCGUGUUUCUCGAACAUUGCCGCGCAGAAGCCUGGGCAUAUGCCAUUUCAUGUUCAGCCACGCCCUGCUGUCAUGAUGGAAAAACGGAAAGCGGAGCUGAACCGGAGCAGUCCAGCCGCGGAGUCGUGCGGCUCACUUGGACCGGACCGUGCACGCGACGGGCCGGUCACCGAGCAGCGGGAGACCACGACGGCAGUGGCAGCCGCGGCAGACUCGAAGGAGAACCAGGGGAGGAGGGAGGCGGUCACCGCCGACCACUGUAACGGGACUGUCAUCGUUAAUGGCGUUACCAAGGAAACGGCUUAUGACGCCAUCGAGCUGAAAAAGGAAGUGGCGGUGAUCGAGCUCGGGAGGAGAGGAGGGGCCGCCGAUAUAAAAGGCGGGGAACAGAAAGAGGACAGUCGCGCGGUGCAGACCACCGAGCUGUGCCGACCGCCGCUGCCGUUGCCUCGCCGGGACACGCUCAACGAAACCCGAAUGGUGCAGCUUAGCCCCCCAGCGUUCCCUCUGCCCGCCCGAGCGAUGCUCUACGGCAACCUGGCGCCGCCACUCACCGCCCUGAACAGUGGCUUUGGCGGUGAUGCAGAUCAGUAUGGCAUGUAUCCCAGCAACCGGAAGCGGCGUCCUGCUCCUUACGAGGUUGAGAUCGACGAGGCCGGACAGCCGAAGGUGGUGCGGCGGAUCUUCACAAACAGCCGGGAGCGCUGGAGGCAGCAGAAUGUGAACGGGGCCUUCGCCGAGCUGCGCAAGCUCAUCCCCACGCACCCGCCCGACAAGAAGCUCAGCAAGAACGAGAUCCUGCGCCUCACCAUGCGAUACAUCAGCUUCCUGUCCCGCCUGCUGAACGACCAGGACCACGCGGGCGGGGCCGGGGGCGGGGCAGGGAGGCGGGGCGGGUUGGGCGCCCACGACGAGGGGCUGGGCGCAGACGACGCCCUCCUCCAGGGGGCGCUGUCUCCAAACUCCAGCUGCGGCACUCUGCUGGACGGAGACGGCAGUGCAGAGAGCUUCGCCGAGGAGCAGGACUCCCCCAGCGGCCCGCACCACCACAGCCCACCACUAGAGGGAGCGCACCACCGGUGACACAUGGGGGAAUGUGCCGGGAAUGGGGGGGGGGGAUAGAGGGGGAGGCGGUGGACAGACUGACGGACAGAUAGAAAGACUGGCGUCUGCAGCAGGAGCACGAGACCUUCAGCCCUUAGACAUCUCUUUCUCCUUCUCUCUCCGUAUCUGUCUGUCUCUCUUUCUCUCUGCGUCUGUCUGCAGUCUUUUUCCUGAUCCCCUUUCACACAUGCAUCUUGACCUGUAAACGUUCCGGUGAUUUUCCGUCUCAAUGUCAUGCAUGAACAGAGCCGGAGUCAGUUUUCCGUGUGAAACAUUCCUCCAAUUUGCUGGCUCAGGACUUAAUAAGAUUUACGGAAAUCUUCCGCCACAGCUCAAGUGUGAACAGAAGCAACGUUCCCGGAUAAAGCAGAAACGUUCCCGGAUAAAGCAGAAACAUUCCCGAUAAAGAACAUGAAAGGUUGUGACAUUCUUACAUAAGACCUUUUGUUUCUGGUACAAUUUCUUGAUGGAGGACUCGACUCUCAAAAAUUCUUGCAUAAAUAUGAGACAUUGCACAUAGAAGAUAUUGUGAUUCUGUCAGGGAAAAUCUGAUCAUUUAUUUUAGGAAUGGAAUAAACGGUGGUGUUGUCCUUGCUUAACAUGGCUUUGCCUGUUUUAAGAACACCAUUACAAAAUUGCAUGCAAUACUUCUCUGAAAUAUCAGUGUCAGGCUCUUCCAGGUUUAAGUUGCUUUUUUACCCAAUGUAGCAAGCUGGCUUUUGCCUCAUAUCAAUGGCAGAUAUAACCAGCUGUUUAACUUCACUAACAAUUAAUCUCAUUGCAUUUUACCAAAUGAAACAUAUAUAUAUAUAUAUAUAUAUAUAUAUAUAUUGAUUUUAGCUGAUAAACCGUGUUUCCAUUGUUUAUCUAACUUUUCUAACUAUUUGGGAUCAUAUAACUGAGCUAUAUUGUUAAAGAUGUUACUGUUACUGUUUUCUUAAAACUGUCACUCUUCAACUGUGUUGUGUUUGUUAGGAUUUACAUCACUGCUAAAACUGUUAAGACAAACUAGCGUAACAUUAGGAUUUGCCCUACAUGGCUUCUGAGGGUAGACAUCCUGCCUGACCUAACUGAAACUAGACACAGAAUUUUUCAAUGUAGGAGACCUGUGUGUGAAGGGGGAAAUCAGCUGCCUAACCCGGAUAACUGAGCUGGCACUGGCUUUGUAGAGUCUCCUCCAAUCCCCACACAGGAAGCAGUCUUGAGCGCCUCCUGCUGGAGACCGUGGUGCAGUACAUGCGCCACAUUCACAGGAGUUGUACAGUCGCUCCCUGUGGGGCUGGGGGGCUUCAGGAAAUGACAUCACAGUACUGAGAGGAGGACAUGGAUCUAAGGGACCUAUCAUUUCCUUUCGUGAGAGGAUGUGUGCGUUUGCACACGCUCCCUCACCGGACUCCUGGUACAGCGAGGAUCUCCUGGUACUGUCUUCAUUAUAUCACUGAUUUCAGCAGCAACGCGUGUGUUUAUCCAACACUGUCUGCAGUGUGUAAUUAUACAACACUCUCUGUAGUGUGUAAUUAUACAACACUCUCUGUAGUGUGUAAUUAUACAACACUCUCUGCAGUGUGUAAUUAUACAACACUCCCUGUAGUGUGUAAUUAUACAACACUCUCUGAAGUAUGUAAUUAUACAACAUUGCAGUGUGUAAUUAUACAACACUCUGAAGUGUGUAAUUAUAUAACACUGCAGUGUGUAAUUAUACAACUCUCUGGUGUGUAAUUGUACAACACUGUCUGCAGUGUGUAAUCAUACAACACUGAAGUGUGUAAUUAUACAACACUCUCUGAAGUGUGUAAUCAUACAACACUCUCUGAAGUGCGUAAUUAUACAACUCUCUCUGCAGUGUGUACUUAUACAACACUCUGCAGCAUAUAAUUAUAAAACAUUUUCUGCAGUAUGUAUUUAAACAUGUCAGACACGCCUGCUGUCUUUUGGUUGUAAAUAUUUGUAUUGAGAGAAUAGCAGGAUGUUACAAGAAAUUGAGACAUUACUAAAUGGUAUGUAACAAUUAAAAGUACAGUUUUGUGUUGUUAUUAAGGGUUUAUUUCAUAAAUGUGCAAACCAGUGAAAUUGUUGAAAAAAAAAUAUUUUUAUGGAUGUGCUGUCUAUCAUGUCUGUAUCAGUCAUACAAGGACAGUUGUUACAAUCUUUUUAGCCUUCUUUUAUUCACCAUUUUGGAAUGUCACGUGAUUGCUGCAAAGUUGGUGGGAAAGGGUGCUUACUCACUUUGCUUUGUGUCCUCAAAACUGCUUACAGUUGAAAGACACCAUCUCUCGCUCUGUUCUACACCCUGUUCUAUAUCAACAGGAUACACCAUUAACAGGAUAAAAAAAACAGUUUCAUAUUUCCGAUUAACAGUCUGUGUGGCUUCGCUGCCAACCUCUCCCAUCACCUUUUCUACCUGCAGCGACCCACACCUGGCUGCUUCUUCCUUCCUGUCUGCUUCAGCUGAUCUCUCCACUCCAAGAGUGUGUGACUGAAUUCCACGCGCGAUUUGUCCCUAAUAUCACGCCCAUUCUGUAAUACCUGCAGAAUCAGCCAUUACAGUUCCGUGUCUCGCUGCCCAAUCCUAAUCAUCUCUGUGCCGAACAGCCCGUUCCUUUCCUUUAUAAAUUAGGAUGAAUAGCACUGCCUUUGUUUAUAGUGUUAAAAAAAGAAAUUAAAUGAAACUGUUAUGAAAGAG